AUGCGCAAGUUCUCUCGUGCCUCGUCCCGCGGCGAACAGCAGCUCCAGCACGACCCCAAGCUCCCCCCGGCGCCCAAGCCGCCGCCGUCGCUGUCGCCGUCGCCGUCGCCGCUGCACGCGGACGCCCCCAAGCUCGAGCCCAUCAAGGCCAUGGCGGGACUGCCGCCCGCCCCCUCGCCGCCCCCGAUGCUGGCGCGCGACGACAGCUUCCAGAACAUGAUCCGCAGCCGCCGCACGUCGCAGGACGAGAUCCGCGCGCUGCUGGCGCGCACCACGCAGGCGCUGGACAAGAUCGUGAGCAUCCGCGAGUCCAUGGAGGACCUCGUGGACUUUAAGCAGUUCGAGAAGAAGGCACAGCGGCCGUCGCGCCCCUCGCGCGUCAGCUCCAGCAUCGCAGAGCUAGGAGGGGAGCACGCUGGCCGGUCCACGCCCGCCUCGAGUUACCGCAGCACAGAGGCGUCAUCUCUCUCGGAGGACCCGCUAGGGACGGACAGGUCCACGAACUCCACCACCCAUUCGUCGGGCUCGGUGGACGAUGACGGCGAGCACGACGUGGACAGGGAACGAGAGGACUUGAUGGACUCAAAGAGGUCAGGCACCGAUGACCAGCACGAUCACGACUUGGAGGAGGUUGAAGACGGAGACACGUUUAAUGACGACCCUACCAGCCACUCCAUCGCCAGCUCCAUCUCAACCGUCGAAGACUUGGCACCUUUGAAGGAGGCGCGACUGGACAGACUCAAGAGUAUCAAUAUUUCGUUCCACGAGGGACUGCCCAAGGAAUUCUUCCAGUCACUGUGCCGCUUCCUCAAUUCGGCGCUGGAAGUCAAGACCCGACACUCGAGGUUUAACUUCUACAAGGAGGCCUUUACGGGAGGAGACGCCGUCCGCGAGAUGCUGAUCAGUGGCUUUGCUGAGGACCACCAGACAGCUACGAGAUAUGGAAACGUGUUGGUGCGACUUGGGUUUAUUGAACACGUGUCCCGCACCGACGACCAGCUCCACAACUCCAAGGACAACUUCUACCGAUUCACCAAGGUGCUGGAUUAUGACGACACGUCGGAAGCUUUCGCCUCGGACUCGGCUACGCGGAGACGUACGUCUAUCAACGCCAACAACUACCGAGAAUCCGUGCUGUCGAAUGAGUCAUCGGACAUGGUUGAGUACGACUUUGCUACAGCCACGGAUGAAGUCCACGCACUCGUGACUGAAGAGGCCUUGCAGGUUCUGGCCAAGGUGCUGCACAAAGUUUUCGAACGCAAGAACAAACUUUUGUUCUACAAGGGCUUCGUGGGCUGCUUCUUGGGCGCGGAAGCGGUCAACGUGAUGCGAGAGAUGCGCAUCGCCUCCUCUCUUAUCGACGCCGUGCUUAUCGGUCAGGCGCUCCUGGACGAGGGUCUGAUCGAGCCGAUCGCUACGGCCGUCUCUACUUUCCAGGACAAGUACGUCUUCUACCGCCUCACCAAGAUAUCGUCUUCGUAA